ACAAAUUCUCUUCACUUUCCGUCAACUCCACGGCUCUUCUCCGCCAACGAUCGCCGCCUUUCUCCGCCUUAUCCAGAAAAAAACCCUAAAAUUCACUCUAUUUCUCAUUCAAUUUCAUUGAAUUGAACUCUAAAUUUACCCUUUGCUUGAAUUUCUUCUCCAAUUUCUGUAAUCUGCAAUUUGACGUUAGGGGAAUGGCGAUGUUAAUAGAGGAGCUGAUUAAGUCAAUAGAGAUGUGGCUGAAGCUGAUCAAGAAGCCUCAGGAGUACAUUGACCCGACACUUGAUCCAGUUCUGUUAGUUCCGGGUGUCGCCGGGUCGAUUCUCAACGCUGUUGAUAAGAAAACGGGUCGGACCGAACGGGUUUGGGUCCGAAUACUUGGUGCUGAUCAUGAGUUUUGUGAUAAGUUAUGGUGUCGCUUUGACCCUUCUACUGGUAAAACUACCAAUUUAGACCCUGACACAAGCAUUGAGGUCCCGGAGGACAGAUAUGGACUGUAUGCUAUUGAUAAUUUGGAUCCUGACAUGAUUAUUGGGUCUGAUUGUGUAUAUUAUUACCAUGAUAUGAUAGUUGAGAUGCUCAGCUGGGGUUACCAAGAAGGAAAAACACUAUUUGGAUUUGGCUAUGAUUUCCGGCAGAGCAACAGGCUUCAGGAAACAAUGGAGUGUUUUGCUCAAAAGCUAGAAUCCAUACAUACUGCGUCAGGAGGCAAGAAGAUAAACAUCAUAAGUCAUUCUAUGGGUGGUCUUCUGGUUAAAUGUUUCAUGGCUCUCCACAGUGAUAUUUUUGAAAAAUAUGUGAAGAAUUGGAUUGCAAUAGCUGCACCAUUCCAAGGUGCUCCUGGAUAUAUUACCUCUUCAUUAUUGAACGGAACAUCAUUUGUGCAUGGAUGGGAAGAGAGGUUUUUCAUAUCCAAAUGGAGUAUGCAUCAACUGUUGAUCGAGUGUCCGUCAAUAUAUGAAUUAAUGGGGUGUCCUGAUUUCCACUGGGAACAUGCACCAGUUCUAGAAAUUUGGAAGGAAAAAUCUAACAGUAAUGGAGAGUCCUCCGUUGUACUCGAGUCUUACUCUCCACUGGAAGCUGUAUCAGUGUAUGAGUUGGCUCUUGCAAACAACAAGGUUACUUAUAAUGGAGUAAAAAUUUCUCUGCCGUUCAAUCUGGAACUCUUGAAAUGGGCUAAUAAGACCCGAGAGAUAUUGUGCCAUGCAAAGGUUCCUGAUAAAGUUAAGUUCUACAACAUCUAUGGGACCAAUUAUGAGACGCCUCAUAGUGUCUGUUAUGGAAGUCAGAAUGCACCCAUUUCUGAUUUUCAACAAUUACCAUUUGUCCAGUCUAACUACAUAUCGGUUGAUGGAGAUGGUACAGUUCCAACAGAAUCUGCAAAGGCUGAUGGGCUUAAAGCAGAAGCUAGGGUUGGAGUCCCUGGGGAUCACAGAGGAAUCGUCUGUGACCGCCACGUGUUUAGAGUGAUCAAGCACUGGUUGCGAGCAGAUCAUGAUCCUUAUUACAAUCCAAUCAACGAUUACGUUAUCCUACCCACUUCAUUUGACAUCGAAAGGCACCAUGAGAAAGGUUUGGAUGUAACUUCUCUCAGAGAGGAGUGGGAAAUUGUUUCAGAAAGCCAGGAUGGCAAAGAGAAUGGAAAGACAAAGGUGGGUUCUAUGUCUGUCUCUCAUGUUGGAGAUGACAAUACUACGUGGGAAGAAGCCCAUGCGACUGUUAUUGUCCACCCUAAAAGUGAAGGUAAGCAACAUGUGGAGUUGAAUGCCAUGUCUGUCUCUGCAAGGGCUUGAAACUUAUAUUACCAUAUGGUCAAAGGGGCCUUAUAUCCAUCUGUCUAUUCCUCCUGAUUUCUUCUGUAUAUAGAAAGUAAUUGUAUGUAUGUAUAUAUAUAUAUGCAUAUUAACAUUAUCAAGUAUGUGAUGUGGAUCAAUCAAAUAAGAAAUUUGAUUUCUUGUUCA